ACGAUUGCCUGCGCUCCGAAGGACCCGAAUUUUCUGCCCCGACCUCGUUCUGUUUUCGACGGCCGGUCUGUCUUAACCUCAUUACCCGGUCCCGGCCGGGCCCCACGUUCUUAUUGGGAUUGUUAUUUUGUGUCAGUAAGUCAUCCAUAAAGUACCAUCAUGGGAAAGAAACGGACAAAGGGAAAAACUGUUCUGAUUGAUGAUUCUUCUGAAUCUUUAGAACCUGUGUGUAGGCACACUAGAAAAGGAUUGGAGCCGAGUAACCUGAAAAGGGCUCUAGUGGGCGUGGAAUGGAAUAUUUGCCAAGAUUGUAAGACCGAUAAUAAAGUAAAAGGUAAAUCUGAGGAGGAAACAGAAGAAAACCCUUCCGUUUGGCUGUGUCUUAAAUGUGGCCAUCAGGGCUGUGGCAGAAAUUCUCAGGAGCAGCAUGCCUUAAAGCACUACAUGACACCGAGAUCUGAACCUCACUGCCUAGUUCUUAAUUUGGACACCUGGAGCGUGUGGUGUUACCUGUGUGAUGAUGAGGUCCAGUAUUGCCGUUCAAACCGAUUGGGGCAGGCGGUUGAUUAUAUUAGAAAACAAGCUGGCAUUACAUCUCUGCAAUCAGCAAAAGGUAAUGGGAACAUUGAACUUGAAAAUAAAAAAUUAGAAAAAGAAAAUAAAAAUGAACAAGAGAGAGAAAAAAAGGAAAACAUGGCUAAAGAAAAUCCUUCCAUGAAUUCUACUUCCCAGAUAACCGUGAAAGGACUCAGUAAUUUGGGAAAUACAUGUUUCUUCAAUGCAGUUAUGCAGAAUUUGUCACAAACUCCAGUACUUAGAGAACUACUGAAAGAAGUAAAAAUGUCUGGAACAAUUGUGAAAAUUGAACCACCUGAUCUGGCCCUCACAGAACCCUUAGAAAUAACCCUGGAGCCUCCGGGCCCUCUUACCUUGGCCAUGAGCCAGUUUCUUACUGAGAUGCAGGAGACCAAAAAGGGCGUCGUGACACCGAAAGAACUCUUUUCUCAGGUCUGUAAAAAAGCAGUGCGGUUUAAAGGCUAUCAGCAGCAAGACAGCCAGGAGCUCCUUCGCUACUUACUGGAUGGGAUGAGAGCAGAAGAACACCAAAGAGUGAGUAAAGGAAUUCUUAAAGCAUUUGGUAAUUCUACCGAAAAAUUGGAUGAAGAACUAAAAAAUAAAGUUAAAGAUUACGAAAAGAAAAGGUCAGUACCCAGCUUUGUGGACCGCAUCUUUGGUGGUGAACUGACGAGUACGAUCAUGUGUGACGAAUGCCGAACUGUCUCCUUGGUUCACGAGUCUUUCCUUGACUUGUCUCUCCCCGUUUUAGAUGACCAGAGUGGCAAGAAAAGUAUAAAUGAUAAAAAUCUAAAAAAGACAAUGGAGAGUGAAGAUAAAGACAGCGAGGAAGAAAAAGACAAUGACAGUUACAUGAAGGAGAGGAAGGACGUUUCUUCGGGCACCAGUAAACACUUGGAGAAAAAAGCCAAGAAGCAGGCCAGAAAGCAGGCCAAGAACCAACGAAGGCAACAGAAAAUCCAAGGGAAAGUUCUCCUUUUAAGUGAUAUUUGUACCAUGGACGAUCCCGAGGAUAAUGAGCAUGAUGCUGAAGUGUUACUCCAGGGGGAAGUGGAUGUUAAAUCCAACCAUAUCUCACCAGCGGACGUUAUUGAUAAAGAGAACUGUGUCAAUCAGAAAGACUUGAAUGGCCGAGAAAAAGUGCUAGAAAAUGAAACUGACAAUCGGAAAUCCACAGAGGAAGUGGACGUGGGGAAUGUCCACGUGGGGAAUGUCCACGUGGAGAAUGAUCGGGAGGAUUUGGUGUCUUCCCCCACUGAGUGCCCUGAGGAUUUAAAUGGCAUCUACCUGAAAGAAGGGAGUGAUGGAGACGUGGACAUCUCCAGUGGUUUUAAAAACCUUAACUUGAAUGCUGCUCUUCAACCCGAGGAAAUAAAUACAGAGAUUCUGAACAACAGUCAUACUGCAGGGACAAAGAUCUAUGAGGUUGUAAAUGAAGAUCCAGAAACUGCUUUCUGUACUCUUGCCGAUAGGGACGCUUUCCAUACCUAUGAGUGUUCAGUCGAGCACUGUUUAUAUCAGUUCACCCGUAAUGAGAACCUUCGAGAUGCGAAUAAACUGCUUUGUGAAGUGUGCUCACGGAGACAGUGUAACGGACCAAAGGCAAAUAUAAAAGGUGAAAGGAAGCACGUUUACACCAGUGCCAAAAAGCAGAUGCUCAUUUCUCUUGCCCCUCCUGUUCUCACUCUUCACUUAAAGAGGUUUCAGCAGGCUGGUUUUAACCUGCGCAAAGUUAACAAACUUAUAAAAUUUCCGGAAAUCUUAGAUUUGGCUCCUUUUUGUACCCUUAAAUGUAAGAAUGUCGCUGAAGAAAACACAAGGGUCCUCUAUUCCUUAUAUGGAGUCGUAGAACACAGUGGCACUAUGAGGUCUGGACAUUACACUGCCUACGCCAAGGCAAGGCCUGCGAACAGUCAUCUCUCUAACCUCGUUCUCCACGGUGAUAUUCCGCAAGAUUUUGACGCGGAAUCCACUAAAGGGCAGUGGUUCCACAUCAGUGAUACACACGUGCAAGCUGUGCCCACAGCGAAAGUACUGAGCUCACAAGCAUACCUCCUGUUCUACGAGAGAAUACUCUAACAGUUUCAGAAAAGUGCUUUCUCCAAAAACACGGUUCUGGUUUUUAUAAUGGCUGUAAUAAUAAAAAAGUAAAGACUAAUGGUAAAUUAUGUUCACUUAAAACUAAGUAUAUGCCAGAAGAAAUCAUGGUCUUUGAAAUAUUCAAGGCACAAUGCCUACAAAUUUACAAUAGUUUUGUAUUGUCAUAGUGGUUUUUACCUGUUUACAAGUUUCUGGAAAGGAAAUUCCUUAAAUCCUGUGUUUAACAUGUGUGGGCCGUGGGUCAAAACACAUCAAUAAACUGACUUACUCCAGAGACUUGUUUUAUUACUUAGAUUUUACGUUGUAUUGACUCACCCUACCAGGUUAACUAUUUUAAAAAACUGUUUCCAACCAGCUAAUGAACCUUCAGCACAGGUGUGUCAGUCCCGGAAGCAUGACGUGUGAUGUGGGCAGGCAGUAUGGGAUCAGGAGACACGUGAUCUAGUCCUUCCGAUGCCGCGCAGUGCGGAAGCCGGACACAGGCCCAGCCUGCAC